UUACCCACAGGCAGCAAGUGCUGAGGUGAAGGUGGCUGAGCUGACCCAGUAUUAUGCUGGCUGCCUACCCACCCAUAACAUUCCACCCUCACCUUAAUUACCACUUUACUUGAUCAGGUGACCUCUCGGGCACCUGAUCUAGUGCGAAUCAGUGGCAGGAUGCAGUGGAGUGCGGUGGUGUGUGAACACAGCCUCUUUCUGGGUCACCUAGAGGUGAGGUUGCUGCAUCAACUGGCCUUUUGACUUAUGGAAAGCAGGCGAAGCGUUUCUUAACAGGUGAACGGGGGAUGGGCCAGGUAAACAGGUGGUGGUCAGCAAACAGUGGCUAGGUGAACAGGUAAAAGCGUGGUGUGGGGAGUUUUUACACAAGUGUGUGGGGUAGUAGACGUGGUGUGGGAAGUGUUAGCGGUGUGGGCGUGAUGAAGGGAGGCAUGGAUUUAGGUCGUGGUGAUGGAUGAGCCAGAAGUGCUGCCCUCUACACUAGGCACACAGGCGAACUCGCCGUGUCACCUGCCCCCCUUUAUCUUCGCCGAGGACCAGACGCUGCACCGCGUUGCUGUCCAAGACCUUCCUUCCGGGCCCCCGCAUGUACCCAACGGGCCCUUGGUCAACGGACCAUACAUUCUCACCAACGGCCCCUACUACAUCCGCAACGGGUCCGGCGCUACAAUGGGUGGACCGCAGUCUAGUGAGGGUCCAGGACCCCAACAGGCUCCUGUUCUCACCACUUUCGGUAGGCCCACGUCAGCAGGGAGUUCGUCCCCGCAGGCAGGUUUUCCACCGCAGGGAGGGCUUAACCGCAUCCUACCGCAGGUGCGGCAGCGGCCCCUAGACCCCCGUGUACAGCAGCUUAGGGGCCAGCCACCUUCAAAAGUGGUGGGGGCUCCCUCCUCCCUGGGCCGCAAUGGGUUCUGCAGACCCCGGCGGGUGACCUUCCUGGUGGAGCCGGUCCCGGAGGCUGACGAGGAUGACGAAGAUGAUGACGAUGACGAACUCAGCUUCAUUCACCACAGCGCCGCCGAUAACCAUGAAGAACACAACGACAAAGUGGAUUAUCAAGCUACGGAAAGCCAGAGCUCUUCCCCAGAAGAGCGUGACUCUGGGCUUCUGGGGUCACCCGCUCCCCCACGCUCCACCCACAGCUUUACAGUGGUGAGCGGGCGUGGGCGGGACAUGAGCGUGCGUGGGCGUCCCUCUGGCCUGUCAUCGCUCUGCUCCCAGAGUUCGGUGGGCAGUAUGGGCUGCGGUGUGGGCGGCCCCGUGGGCGGCCACGUCGUGGGCUCAACCUGCAGUUCCAGCAGCACGUCGCGGGCGGGCUCAGCCGGGUCCCUGGUGGGCGUGGGCGUGCCCUCCCUGGAGGGCGAGGUGGGUUGCCCGGACUGUGCCGCCCUGUACCCCAUCACUGACGAUGCCCUCCUACACAACCUUCACACCAGAUACAAGAGAGAUCAGAUAUACGUGAGUUCAGUCUUAUUCCCCUCCAACAUCGCUGUUUUUCGAAUUUGUGUUGCAUGUUUUGCCUAUGUUUGCCUCCUUCCCCAUGAAAUACACCUUAGCUUCUACGCGGUUGCUGACGCUGCUCACCGUGGAGUGUGGGAGAGGAACAGUGACCAGGUGGUGGUAGUGACAGGGGAGAGUGGUUCAGGCAAGACUGAAGCUGCUAAGCUAGUCUUACAGUAUGUGGGAGCACUCAGUGCCCAGGCCCAUCACAACACUCCCAACCACAGACUACUACAGUCCAACCCUGUAUUAGAGGCCUUCGGUAAUGCACGGACGAGACGAAACGACAACUCUUCCAGAUUUGGUAAAUACAUGGAGAUAGAAUUUGAUCAUAAAGGUGACCCCAUAGGCGGCAGCAUAACUCAUUACUUGUUAGAAAAGUCUAGAGUAACCAACUAUGCCUCAGGGGAGAGGAACUUCCACAUCUUCUACCAACUGUUGGCAGGAGCUGACAUCCAGACCCUCAAGUGUCUAAGACUACAGAGGAACGUUGAGAACUACACGUUGUUGCAAGCUCCACGACACUCGCCUUCUGAUGCCCUUGAUGACAAAACUGAGUUUAACAUCACCAAGCGUGCGCUGGAUGCCCUGGGGGUGACAACAGAGGAGCAGGUAGAGGUGCUGAAGAUAGUUGCUGCUGUCCUGAAGCUGGGUAACCUCACCUUUACAUCUGUAAACAACAUUGAUGGCACUGAAGGAUGCAUCAAUGAGAAUGAGUAUGAGCUGCACGAGGUGAGUGAGCUCCUGUCAUGUGAGGUGUCGUGGUUGAAGGCAGCACUGCAGUCCAGAACGGUGGAGGCUCGUGGUGAGACUGUCAUGGCAGAACUCUCUGCACUGGAGGCUACACGCACUAGAGACGCACUCUGUCGUGCACUCUACAACAGACUCUUCACCUGGGUGGUUGCCAGGCUCAACGAAGCAAUAAAGGUUGUUGUUUGAUUUGCAGGUGAAGACAAUGGGCGUAGGAAAGUUUUGGGAAUCCUCGAUAUUUUCGGGUUUGAGAUCCUUGAAACCAACAGCUUUGAGCAACUCAUUAUCAACUUCUGCAAUGAGAAACUUCACCAGGUUCUGACGGAAGUGACUCUGAAGCAGACACAAGAAGACUACCUCAGGGAAGGCAUUGACUGGACACCCAUUGAUAUACCCACCAAUAAUGCAGUAGUUGACCUAAUAGAACAGAGACAGACAGGGGUGCUGGCUGUGAUUGAGGAGGUGAGCAGCCGUGUAGGUGGAGGUACAGAUGCACUUAUGCAACAACUCUCCUUCUCCUGUGGUGGACAUUCUCUCUUUGACAUCAAAGGUGCCCGCCACGCUCACUCAGACAAUAAUAUCCCCACCGACUCCUUCAGAAUUCGGCACUAUGCUGGCUCUGUCACUUAUAGCGUCUACGGGUUUAUUGAGAAGAACUGUGAUGCCCUGCACAGGGACUUGACGAGAGCCAUGUACCGUUGUAAGCAUCGUAUCCUAAAGGAACUCUUUCCCGAGGGUAACCCAAGACGGACCACCUUGAAGAGAGCCGCCAGCGUCUCCUCUCAGGUGUUGAUCUCUGUAGGUGCACUGAUGAGGACUUUACGGUCUAAGACGUCUCACCUCAUAGCUUGUAUCAAGCCCAAUGAACUCAAGCAGCACAGAAUCUUGGAGACAGCUCUAGUCUUACACCAGAUCAAGUACCUCGGGCUGGUGGAACAAGCACGAGUACGCUGUGAUGGGUGGUCAUACCGGGCGACACAUGAUGCCUUUCUGGCACGCUAUGGCAUGUUAUCAUUACACACAUGGCCCACUUGGCGAGGCCAGCCAUUGGAGGGGUGUGCCAUACUCUUGGCCGACCUGCCAAUCACUCCCUCUCAAUACACCUUUGGCAGAACCAAAGUCUUCAUUAAGAGCCAGCGAGCUGUACAUGAACUGGAAGAGUACCGUCGUGAACGUCUCGAAGACUUGGCAGUACUGGUACAGAAGACGUACCGUGGCUGGCACCAACUUAAGAACUACCGUCUCAUGAAGGCUGCCCAAAUUACUAUCGCUACCUCCUGGAGGAGCUGGAAGCUCAAGAGGAAUAACCAGGAAACUGACUCACCCCAGCACCUUCACGUCAAGGGAUGGCGCUUCUUCAUGUUGGUAUGUGCUACCAGUACUGCUACUUUCUCC